GACAAGCUAAAGUGUACGGAAAACAUUGAACGCAGCUUUAGUUCCUGGUCAACGGAUACAUCGUCAGUGACUCGAGAUGCUUUUAAAUGUCUUAUUUUUGGUUCUUUGCUUGACACCCUGACUGAAACUUGUUUCCUGAGCCGCAGCACCGAACCAAGCUUUCCAGAAAUGAUUGGGGGACAUUUGGACCCGAACAGACGACCUGAACAUUCAGCGGGCUUCACAAGCGAGAACAUCAUAAAGAAGGUGAACGGUCAGAAGUUUGUCUACCGCUUUGUGUCCUACCCCGACAUCCUGAAAGGAGACGCUGCCACCCGAACAGACGGAGGGGACGUGGGCGCUGGGGGCUUCACACCUACGAGCAGGAAGGAAGACGGCGCUCUACAGGAGCACGAGUCCGCUGACAGAUCGAAGGUGGGGGGAGGCGCAGCGGCUGUGGGGGCUGGCACCAAGCAGUCAAACCGAAAUGACUACAUUCACUCCGGUCUGUACACCUCCUUUCACCUCAACUCUCUGCAAAACGGACGCCAACUAUUUAAGUCUAUCAAAAUAGAGAAUCCAGCUGAGAAAAGGGGUCCCACUGCCCCCACACAGAGCCAAGACACCCCUCCUCAGCUACAGCCACCCGCCGCUCUGCCGUCAGUCAUUAAGUUUGGAAACAGCCCUCCAAAGCCAGCACCCACAGUUCUUCAGGUAGUUCUAGAGCCCUCUCUGACGCCCAGCAGCCUGGAUCCUCUCCAAGCUCCGCCUCUGAGGGCUGAAGACAUCAGCACACACUCCGCCCUGCAGCCUCAUUCUGUCUACUCAUUCGAGCCCACCCGACCAUCAGAGCCAGUGUUCAGCCUGUCAGACCUGAGCUCAGCCAGCCCGUCCCCAAACCUCCUGCCAGAGUCCUCUCAGGAGCUCAGCCUCCACGGUGAUGUGGAGACGAAAGGCUCCGAGCCGACCGCCUCUCAGGCCCAGGAGACCACAGACCCUCAGGCACAAGACAAGCAGGUGGACAGUGGCUCGGACCUGCCUGCAGAUGAGUCCAGUCUGUUGGACCCUGAUACCAGUUCAUCCUCUGUGAGCAGCACCACGGUCCCGGGAAAGACACGAAAACCCCCCAAAGUCCUGCAGCUCAGCCCGCCUGCUCUGCUGGUCACCACGUCUGAUUUCUCCCCCAUGAACAUCUGCAGCCCCUCACUGGCCCCACCCUCGCUCACACCAGCAAUGCUACAGACUCCCACCCUCCUGCUGACUCCCAGUCCUCUGCUGUCCAACAUCCACUUCUGGAGCACGCUCAGCCCGGUGGCUCAGCUCAGCCCGGCCACACGGCGCCAGGGAGGCCACCUGUUCCAGUUCCCUUCAGUCCUCACCCCACAGUUCCAGAUCCCAGUUCAGAGUCUGGACGGGACCAACACACCUGGACCCAUUUCUCCAGACCCUCAGAAAACAUAGACCCCCACCACCACCACCACCACCACACCCCCAAUCACAGGAUGACUGCAUGAGCCAAGCUUUCUGUUUGCCAUCAGUGUGGGGGUGGAGGGGGGGCGGGGUCAGUUUGUCUUGUGGUGUUAACACCACCUGGACACUCUCCUGUCCUCUCUCACACUGAUACCGUCCUCUUGUACACAUCUAUUCUGUCUGGCUUAUUUUGGGAAUCCUCGAUCCAAGCAGCUCAGCGGGGGAGGGGUCUCCAUGGAAACUGUGGACUGGGUCUUCAGCAGACCCACCGAUUGGUGGGACUGACUUGCUGACGUCUGCGUUACUCUUUUUGUUCAGGUCUCCUCUCACAUCUUUGUUCCAGAUGUUGGAGCCCUUUGGACCUGCAGCUCCUGCUGUCAGGUGUCCCCCUACAGUCUGAGCUCUGCCUCCAGCUGGUGGUCUUUAAUGUUGGGCUGUACCUCCUGCAGGACUCUGCAGGACUCUGUGUCUGUGCAUGUCCAGGCCAGCUCAUGUGUUCCAGAGUUUGUUCAGGUGAAACUUCAUGCCUGAGAUUAGAUCUGUGUCAUGUUGAAGCAGGUCAUCCUCUCUGCAGUCGUUUAAAAAGUCAAACUGCAGCAGCUGCAUUUAAACAGUCACAUCUGAUACGAUAAAGUUCAUUAUCAGAAA